AUGGCGAUCCGGCACAAUGCCAACCUCUUGGAGUAUUGCCGAACUUCCGUUUCUGCGUUGUCCGGAUCUGUAGCCGGAAUCAUUGGCCUAACUAGUCUUUAUGGAUUCAUAUUCUACUUUUUGACGGCCUUUGUAAUGUCGUUGAUGCUGAUGAUAAAAGCCGGAUCAGAGUGGCCAAAGUAUAUUAGAAGUAGAAUUGUUCUCUUUUCCAAUGGUUUAAUGGGAGGCCUGUUUACAUACAUUCUUUUUUGGACGUUUCUCUAUGGCAUGGUUCAUGUCUAUUAG